AAUGAUUCUCCGGACCCGGCGGUGAAGGCUGGCAUUAUCGACCCGGAAAAAAAAAGUCGGGCGUGGUGAGGUGCACAAGGAUCAACAAUAGCUUGACAGCCAAUUGUUUCAUAUUUGGUUCUCUGCCAUGACGAAACGCAAGAGAGAGCCGGCCGUUGCGACUGGCAAGAGCGAAAAAGCUGCUGGCGAAGUACCUCGCAAGGCUGUCAAGGCCACAACAGCCCAUCAGACCGAGAAUGAGGGUGUUGCUGCGACGAUUCAGAUUGUCACCGGAUCCUACGAACGAGUUCUCCAUGGAUUUACGGCAGCUCUUCCUACUCGGCCGCCGACCAUAAAUACUCUCGAGGAUAAUAAGAUAGAGCCCUCCUCAUCAACAGUUAACUUUUCGGAUACGUUUCUCUUCUCAGCGCAUACGUCUUCAAUUCGAUCACUCGCUCUUUCACCGCUAGACCAAGCAGACCCAUCCCAGCCUCAAAACCUGAUUUUAGCUAGCGGAGGCUCUGAUGAGCGUAUCAAUCUCUAUUCUCUAUCUUCGUCUCCACCUAUAGUUAGCGAACGGUUCCCAUCCGUUUCUACUCUUUCUGGAAACAAAAUCUUAGAGAAUCCGAAAAACCGAGAACUUGGCUCUCUCCUUCACCACUCAUCUAGUAUUACGGCUCUUUGUUUCCCAUCAAAAUCGAAACUAUUAGCAUCUGGAGAAGAUAAUGUUAUAUCAGUCACGAGAAUUCGGGAUUGGAACGUCGUUUCCACCGUCAAAGCCCCGCAACCGAAGACUCAAGGAAGACCGAGCGGAGAUACUGCUCCUCCUGGCAGCGUACCUUCCGGAAUUAAUGAUUUUGCCAUUCAUCCAAGUAUGAAGCUAAUGCUCAGCGUGGGCCGUGGCGAGAGGUGCAUGAGGCUCUGGAAUUUAAUCACGGGGAAAAAAGCCGGGGUGCUUAAUUUUAACAAAGAGAUAUCGCAAUGCAUCAAUGAAAACAAGAGAGGGACUGGAGAAGGAAGGAAAAUUGUGUGGGACUCUCAAGGCGAAGAGUUCGCUGUCGCUUUUGAGUGGGGUAUAGUGGUGUUUGGAGUGGACUCAACACCCAAAUGUAGGGCUCUUCCAUCUCCUGGGAGUAAAAUCCAUCACAUCCGUUACUUUGAUUUUAGUAGAAAAAAGGAUGGCACAAAUGAGUUCCUGGCUGUAUCAACAGAAGAUGGCCGAGUUAUUUUUUAUUCCACCAAGGAAACUUCGACAGCCGAGGGUGUGUUUAUACCUGACGCGAAAGUCAUAACUCAAGUCGGUGGAAAGCCCAGUGGUCUUGCGGGACGUGUGAAAGAUUUUGAAAUCCUCGAUGUCACAGAUAUUGAGAACUGGAAAGAUCACUUUCUCCUUUUAUCCUCCGGUAGCGAUGGAGCUGUCCGGGUAUGGGUACUCAGGAUACAAGCCGACACCAACGAUACGACUCAGGAAACAAACAAAACAAGCGAGGUAGCUUCUCGACUACUAGGAACAUACGAGACUGGGAAUCGCAUUACCUGUAUGGUGGCAUUCGUGAUGCAGAAGCCUCAGGCAUUAGAUGAAAUAGAUGGUUUGGAACCGGAAUCGGAUGACCAGGGAAGCGAAGCGGAGUCUAGCAGUGGUGAUAGCGACCAAGACUGAAUCGCCUGCUUUUCUAUACCAGCUUUUUCAACAGAAAGUCGCAAAUGAUUGCAAGGGUCUAUAAGCGUGGCGAGGCAAGUCCACAACCUUGAGUGCUUCGUUUGUAAAAAAGAUAUGAUUUGUAUAUAUGUCUGUUAUUCGUUUCCAGGACUCACGACCAUUAAAAAGCUAGGGCCAGGCGGGUUUUCACCACCCUCCUAAUGCCUUAAUUUAGGUGGGGAAAUGAAUAUUCAAGAAACCAGAGAGCAAUCCCUACGCUCACUUCAUUCCGAAAGGCGAUAGCGGUCUUCUUCCUUGGUAUAACGAGAUAUAAGAAAAUGAAUAUACUGGAUUUCAUAACUC